AUGGUCGCCUUCCGCCACCCCGUUGUCGCCGUCUCACACGGACCCGGUCCAUUGUGGCUUCUCUCAUCGGGCUCUGUCGAUAUGAACAACUCCAGUCUCCCGGCGCGUGCACUGACCACUACGUUCGAGAAGCUCUACCCCAAGGGCAUGAACCUGCCCAAGCGCAUUCUCUAUGUGUCUGCUCACUGGGAAUCCGACAGCAGUGGCUUUGAAAUUUCUAGCGCUAUCAAGCCGGACAUGAUUUAUGACUAUCACGGCUUUCCAAGUGAGGCCUACGACGUUGCUUAUCCUGCAAAGGGCGAUCCCACUUUUGCACAAAAGGUAAAGGCUGAGCUUGAAAAGAACAACAUAAAGGCGAAGCUCGUGGACCGCGGAUUUGACCACGGCGUGUUCGUGCCAAUGCUUCUGAUCUGUCCCGAAGCCGAUAUCCCAAUCGUUACCAUGUCGAUCAAUUCACGCCUAGGCAACCAGGCACACUUCGAUUUGGGUCAGGCAAUUGCACCUUUCCGUGACGAGGACACGCUAAUUCUUUGUUCCGGUCAAGCUACACACAAUAUGCGUGCGUCUGGCGAGCCGAAUAGCCCGCUCUUGGAUUGGGCCGUGGCAUUCCAAGGCUGGUUGGACAAUACGUUCACGGCAGACUCCAAGCUAAGCUACAGUCAACGUAGGGACCAGAUAAUCAACUGGCAUGAUGCUCCCGCUGCUAGACUCGCACACCCGACGCCCGACCACUUCAUUCCAUUUGUCGUCGGAGCUGGCGCGGGUAUGGACGAAAGUAAGCCCGAAGCGGAAAAACUGUUUAGCGGGUGGGCAAUGAGCCACAUGUCGUUUGCCACAUAUGCCUGGGGAGCUAGGAACUAA